AAAUAGUAUGUAGGUACAAUAAAUUUAAUAAAAUGUCAUUUGACAAAAGAUUAAAUAGCUCAUAAUUAAUCAACAAAGUUUAGUUAUUAGAACAUGAAAUUUCUUGUAAUCGGUCUCUCCUGUCUUAAUAAUGUGUUAUUUUAUUAUCAUACCUAUACCUAAAUAUAGAAAUACUUUAUAAGUCGUCGUUUUUUAAAUUAGUUCAGUUAUUUGUAGAAGAACAGCUUAAUUCGUUAACAGAAGAAUAACGAUGUCUCAUCAUCACGAAGUACUAUUACAUAUUGGCUGCCGUUCCAAUAUUCACUGUCAGUUACUGAAAAUCUAUAGUGUAAGUGACAUAAACUAUAGAGUUUCAGUGCUGACAGUAAAUAUUGGAACGCAGCCCUAAUGUCAAAACUAAUAAUCAUGGUUUUUUCCUUCUUUCUUGAAAUGACUUCUUAGAUGCAUGGGCACCCGCAGAAAAAUAUUGGGUGCGUCCCGAGUUGCGCAUGAAACGCAAAGACUGCAUUACUGUUGCGCAGUCUGUGCGCUAAUAAAUGCAUGGCGUACAUUUUCAGUCGCGCGCGACAAAACGUCAUAAAACGGAUUCCAGUAAUAGUGAUGCCUUCGCUGAUGGUUUUGAAGAAGAACGAUGAAAGUGCAGGUCCGAAUCGAGCGACAGCGAAAAUGAAGAUGAAGACGAGUUGAAAACAUAUAUCUCUAAAUAAUAUAUGCAGACGUUGUCUUCCAUACUAAUGGCAGAAAAAUCACGUGGAGGGCAAAUUGCAGUGGACAAAAAUACGGAUUACAUUAAAUAUUACCUUGGCUUGCUUUCUCCAUAUCAUCUUUGUUUAAAACCAAAGUUAUUACAUCAUCAAUUUCUUCUACUAAGACUUCUAUAAUUUAGUUGUCAUAAUGUUGCUGUUUUGCUUAAGACCUACUUAGAAAUAAAUUGCGCAAAUAGUUAAUAAUAUUUUAUAAAAAAUUAAAAUUUUACACGUAUUUAUCAAUUUAGCGACAUAAUUGCAACAUCAUGUCGCUAAAAUAUAUAUAAUUUAUAUACAAGAAGUAUAAGCGACAUUUAUUAUUUCAUUAUUAUAUCAUUAUUAUUACAAUAACAUAUAAUUUGUUUAUUAUAUUUUUCUUUUCACAACUACAAUAAUAUUAUUUGCACAAUUAAACGUUGCAUAGAACAAGAAAACAUAAAACAUUCAUACUUUAUAUGCAGAAUGUACCUUAAUGUUCUAUAAAUAAUAAAUUGAUAAUCAUAUAAAUAAUAUUGCAUAAGUAUCUCAUUGGUUAAAUCAUUAAAUUUUUCAAUUUCAAUUUAUAAUUUAUUUUUGCGUUAUAAUCGGAAUGUUUAAAUUGUUACACGAUUGCCCUAACAUCAGUCACAUUUUAGAACAAACUAGUCUGUCCAACCAAGGCCAGUAAGAAUAACACAACAUUGGGCAAUGACACGUGUGUAUAUGUACUUACAGAAAGGAUGUUUCUGUCAGGAUGUUAGAUAGCCACACCGCAGAGAUCAUCUGACGAGUUCGAAUUCUUUGCACGUAUAGUGAUCUAACUACUGUUUUAGCGUUAAACGUUACGAACCUAUUGACGCUGAAGUUUACAUUUUGGAAUUUCUCUACUUGCAAUUAAUACUAUAUACAUUUAACAAACUCGCUAUAGUGAUUUGACAAAGAUUAUUUAACUGAUAAUUAUGGCGGAAGCUUCUUCACAACAACAGCAAGCAGAAUUAGAUAUAAAGUGUGAAUUUUAUGACUAUAUGCAAUUAUGCCAUAAUACAUUGUAUUUACAACAGUCACAUAAUAAACCUGAGGACUUUACCAGCGAUUUUUACGAGACGUUACAAUUAUCAUACGACGCAGCUUCUUCACAUAAGAAUAAAACGUUUUCUGAAGGGUUACGUAAAACGUUGAAAGUCUUAUAAGACAGGUUGAGUGAUUUAUAUAAGAAAGUAACCGAGGGUGAAACAAAGUUCAACGAUAUUAUAGCCCUUGCAACGUCUUACUGCAACAUGGGUAUACUGUACAAUUCUUACGCGAAAGAGAAGAGAUUACGCAGUGGUAGAAGUCACUUGAAGAGAUGUUUAGAAUUGUUAAAUGGAAAAGAACUGAAUCGCAGAGCUAUUUUGAUAGUUAUGAGAGCAACUGUGCAAUUGGAAUACAUUUUUGUCAAACUGAAGGAACCAAAGCAAUGUUGUCCAUUUUCACAUAAAGCAAUCGGUUUCUACCUUGAGUACACAACACAGCUGAAUUCAUUUCCUAUGACUUUCGUCACACUGUCAGUUAGUCUCGACGUUGAAGAGCCUGGAAGCACUGAUAUAAAUUCCAUGAUGACAUUGUUUUCAAACAUUUUAGAGCACACAAUAACUUGUGAAUUAGGUGCAUGGGAUCCAUUUGACGUUAUACCUAUACAUAACUUUUUAAUGGAUCGUUGGACAGUGGUGUCAACAGAUGUAUUAAAUGAAGGUCUCAUGUGGGCUGUUCCCACAACUUCUUUUUACAUAUACUUUCUAGAUAAAUAUCGCUUCAGUGAUGCUAGGAAUUAUCUUGCUGCUACACAAUACAUAUUGGAUGAAUAUGAAAACGAAUUCAACGCCGCGAAGGAAGCCAAACGGUUGCCGGAAGAUGAGGAUAUAAGUAUGAAGUACUGUAGUUUAAGAACGCGCCUCGAUUACGGAUGGGCUAAGUAUGGCAAUAUGCUUUUGUUGCACUUGAAACAUAAAUUGUUCCAAAAGUUCAGAACUAAGGAAGCAGAUACAUCAAGAUCAACGUCUUCUAUCAAGUCCACGAAAUCUGCGGAGCCAAUAUUUACUUGAGAAAGCCCGGACGAACGCAUAAAGGAUAUCGGCAGUCAAGUCACUGAUAACAUUGUGUCAAAUCUCAGUGAUGCUAAAGCAAUUUUCCUGCAUACUAUAAAAUGGCAUGAAAAAGUUAAGGCAUAUUUUUCGGAGACAGGAAACACGUUUUUGUAUUU